UCGGUGAGACUCGAGCAAAAAAACAGAAAAACCCACCGUGGCGCACGGGGCCACAGCGCGAGCCCUGUGCGAGACCCUCUGAAACGUUUCUUCCACAAGGGGACACCAGGACCGCUGAAGCCCCCCCAGCCCUCCCCAACCCCCCCGUACCCUAUUGCCGUCAGCGCGCGAUGUUCGACGAAGAGACGGAAGCUCGCGAGGAGUCCAGUUCUCCAGAGUCGCCCGUAGACAGUCUGGGCAACAGCGAGGAGGAGGCUGACGCGAAGCAACCAAAGCGAGGGGGCGCGCGUAAAAGGCGCGCGAGUGCGAGAAGCAGCGGCAGUCCGGCGGGGCCGGGCAAGAGAGGCAAGCGGAGCGGAGGCAGCGCGAGCGGCGGGGGCACCGAGGGCGAAGGCAGCAGCCCGCAAUCCUUCGAGGAACUCCAGACGCAGCGCGUGAUGGCGAAUGUGCGCGAGAGGCAGCGCACGCAGUCGCUGAACGAGGCGUUCGCGUCGCUGCGCAAAAUCAUCCCCACCCUGCCCUCAGACAAGCUCAGCAAGAUCCAGACCCUCAAGCUGGCCGCGCGCUACAUCGACUUCCUGUGCCAGGUGCUGCAGAGCGACGAGCUCGAUUCCAAGGUGGCCAGCUGCAGCUACGUGGCGCACGAGCGGCUCAGCUACGCCUUCUCAGUGUGGCGCAUGGAGGGCGCGUGGUCCAUGUCAACAUCGCACUAGCGGCGCCCGCGUGGACCAUCACUAUCACUGGGGGCGGGAGGGGGGGGAUGAGGGAAAAGAUUGAUUUGCAGCCCUGAGGAGCAGCACGAGCGUAGAUUGAAGAAACUAGAGCGCAGCGCGCGGAAGGAGCACACACGGAUUACAAAAAGGGAAAAUGGGGGAGAUUCUGUUUUUUUUUUUCUUUUCUUUUGGAGACCAUAUCGCUGGGUGGAGCGUGUCGAACUUUUGGGACGGUCUAAAAGAAACAAAGAAAGAAAGACAACAGUGCACGAGGAACUGCUUUCACACAUCUGCGCACAUCUGGUCCGUCUGCAAGUUUCUGACGGCCGGUGUGAACGCCAGUGCGCUCUCUGCUCGACGGGCCAGUCGUUUUCCCGUUCCAGGACAGAGAGGAACACUCACAAAUAAACAUAUAAAUAAGUAAAAGACUGCAGCAGCAGGGAAGCAGCUCGUGGAAUUUAUUUUUUAUGGGAGAACGACACUCGGCUCAUAUCUGUGUAGACAAUCUCUCUCUCUUUUACUUCCUCCGAUCCUUGAAAUGUUUAUUUAUUUAUUGAUACUUGUCAUUAAUGCAGGAUGGAUCUGGUGUCUUUAUGCCAUUUCUGUGUUACGUGUUUGUAAAUAUGCGUUUAUACUGUUUUUUCUGCAAUAAAACUGUUUUGAAUAUAA